GUUUGGUGCGAUGCCGAAGCGACUCCAGAUGUCGAGACAAGAAUUAGAAGCGAAGGAAACCAUCCCAGCUACAGCGAAUCAAUGACCAUAAAUGAAUGUUACAUAGCAAUUGGCUUCUCAGCAGUAAAAUAUGGAGAAAUGUAGAUUAAACAUAACCUUGGCCACUGGUGCAGUUGGAUGGAACACAUUGGUGAACAACCAGUUACUUAUUGAACUUGCAAAAAAUUCAAAAGUGAAAGUGACUGGACUUGUGCCAAGAAGCACCCAGGAACAGAAAGAACAGGCCAAGAAGUUAAAUGUUGAACUUGUUGAUGGCCAAGAACUGGAUGGUUUUUCUUCAAUGGAACUCCUGUCUUUCCCACCAGAUGAUCUUGAAAUUGAUGUUUUGUUCAUGCACUCAUAUGGGCUUCAUGAGGGAAAACAUGCACAGAACAUAAGAACAGCUAAGAAAUGUAAAUGGUUUCACAUCAUCCAUACCAUUGGCGAAGAACUUGCUAAAUAUAUGGAUAACAAAUGUGAGCAGGAGUCAGAGCACCAGCUACAGCUUAAACUGAGUCGGAAAGCAGACUGUGUAAUUGCAAUUGGUCCCAAAGUAGCAGACACCUUCAGAUCUGAACUGUGUCAUUGUGGAAAGAGCAAUGAUGUCAUUGAUUUAACUCCAGGGAUCAUGAAGGAAUUGGUAGGUGUGCGAGCAUUCCAACAAUGUGGAGAAAUCUUCCGCAUCUUGAUCAGUGCAACAUGGUUUGCAAAGUAUUACAAAGUAAAGGGGCUGGAUAUUGCAGCCAAGGCCAUGACGUUCUUGAAAGAGGUAUCAUGCCAUCUGAUCUAUAUUGUCAACAAAGAUGAAGAUACCGAAGACCUCAAGAACCAACUCCUUCAGGAAGGGAUUGAGCUGAACCAGCUUACUGUGCGACGUUUGCAAAGUUCUAACUUGGAAAAUUGGAAGAGUCAGCUGUGUCAAGUCAAUCUUAUCAUUAUGCCAGCACGAACAGAGGGCUUCGGCACAACCAACCUCCGUGCUAUUUCUGCUGACCUCCCAGUACUUGUCAGCCAGAAUUGUGGUUUUGGAAUGGCUCUGAAGAAAUUGCCCUCUGGAGAAAAACAUGUCAUUAAAUCAAAUAAACCUGAAGUUUGGGCAGAGAGGAUAAAAGAAGUCCUAGAAAAAAGGCCAGAAGAUCUGAUGUCAGAAGCGAAGAAGCUUCGCAAAGAGUAUGAGGAAAAAUACAACUGGGAGAAGCAAUGUGAAGAUCUUGUUGACAGAAUGCUUACAAUGUUUCCAAGCAAACAAGAAGAUUUCAAACAAUGUGUUGAGCACGGUGAAGAGUCUGACCAAGCAAGGGGAGGGGAUCCAGAAGUCCAGCAAUGUGAAACCGAGGUAAUGGUAUAUGAGGAGAGAAUGCAUGAAAAUGGUAACCUUGGAAGCGCAGAGCUGAGGCUUGCAGGAAAAAAGAAAAUCAACCAAAGUGAGAGAAAAGCUAACAAGGAGAUGGUUGAUGUUCUCCAGAGCAGGACUCAGGAACUGAGCCUUGUAACAAGAGAGUCUGAAAGUAAGAGCAUAGACUACAAGGAAAAGGUUGAAAUUGUCCAGGAGAGGACUCAGGAGGUGGGCCAUGCAGCAGCAAAGGAGGUCAAGAAAAAGGGAAGUGGAUUUGAUCAGACAGAUGGUGCAGCAGCAACAUUAGAUGGUGUUAAUGAUAGUGAAUCAAACAGGGAUCAGACAGGACAGCCUGUCAAAGCUCAAGACAUUCCUUAUUCUAUUUUGAGUAAAAUCUGCCUGAAACUAAAUGCAAAGGAUGACUUGUCUUUUAGAGAUUUUCGCCUGCUUGGAGAGAAAAUGGGAUUUGAUAAAGAUUUGACAAAAGUUUUAGAACAGAAAAGUAAUCCUACUUAUGAACUUUUUCAAUUGUGGCAUCCAAAUCCUAAAUCAACUGUGGAAAAUCUUUUAAUGAUACUCAAAGAUGAUGAAAUGGGGAGAUGGGAUGUUGUAACCGUUCUGGAAGACUGGUUGGAAGAAAAAGGGAUUAAGAAUUAGUUAGAAAUAAUGGAGAGUGUAUAAUAUUAGGGUGGUUUGGCAGGAGGAGACAAAUGUUUUCAGUUUUAACUACAGUUGAUACACUGCACUGAUAGAUGAGGUGCUGAAAUAUUUUCAGUGGCAGAACAAGCAUGUGAAGGGUGUUUCCUGCAAUUAAAUUGUGAGAUUUAAUCAGCAAAUGUAAAAAUGUUACCUUAAAAAGUACAAAGGUAGGGAAUAUUAUAGGAGUAUAACUGUUGUAGUAGU